CCCGCCAAAUGUCCAUUUUCAAAAUGGCGGGAGUAGGUGAUCACAACCGGUCAUUGAAAGAGGCUCUUGUUGAAAGUCUUAACUCAAUAUUAUCCCCAUUACAAAAUGUGCGGGCUUCUGGAGAAGAACAAAUCAAAGCCCUUGAGGUUACAGAAGAGUUUGGUGUCCAUUUGGCUCAGCUGACAGUUGAUCCCCAAGGUCCCCUGGCCAUUAGACAGCUGGCUUCUGUGUUGUUGAAGCAGUAUGUGGAAGCCCAUUGGUCCCAGCACUCGGAGAAAUUCCGUACUCCAGAGACUCCAGAAAAUGCAAAGCAACAGAUUCGUCAAAUGCUGCCAAUUGGGUUGAAGGAGUCGAUCAGUAAGGUUCGCACCAGUGUAGCCUAUGCUAUAUCAGCCAUUGCCCAUUGGGACUGGCCUGAGGCAUGGCCGCAGCUCUUCCAGAUCUUGAUGGAAGCACUGACUAGUGGUGAACUUAACACUGUCCAUGGAGCAAUGAGAGUGCUGACAGAAUUCACCCAAGAUGUGACUGACACACAGAUGGGACAGGUUGCACCAGUCAUUCUUCCAGAGAUGUACAAAAUAUUCUUACAAGCGGAGGCAUUUGGAAUACGAACACGAGCGAGAGCUGUCAACAUAUUUAAUGUGUGUGCUGCGAUGAUCGCUACCAUGGCAGAAGUACAUAAGGGUUGUGCGAAGCAGAUGUUGUUCCCCAUAGUGCCUCAAUUUACAGAGGCCUUGAUCCAGGCUUUACAGGUACCUGAUGGCCCUACUUCAGACAGUGGACUCAAGAUGGAGAUUCUUAAGGUGAUUACAACACUUGUGAAGAGCUUUCCAAAACUGAUGUCUCAAUGGCUGGCACAGAUCCUUCCUCCAAUUUGGUCUAUAUUCACACAAAGUGCUGAUUUCUAUGUACGGACUGUUGUGAACAAUAUUGACGAUGCAAAUGACCCAGUGGAUUCGGAUGGUGAAGUGCUUGGGUUUGAAAACUUAGUGUACAGUGUGUUCGAGUUUGUCCAUGUGUUGAUUGAAGUUCCCCAGUUUAGAAAAACUACGGUGAAGAAGUCUGUUGAUGACAUCAUCUACUAUGUCAUUUUCUACAUGCAAAUGACUGAAGAUCAGGUACAGCUUUGGACAAAUAACCCAGACCAGUUUGUGGAAGAUGAGGAUGAUGAUUCAUUUUCUUAUUCUGUAAGAAUAUCUGCACAAGACUUGUUGCUGUCGCUGUCAAGUGAAUUCAGAACGAUCAGUGCCCCGGCUCUAUGUAAUGCUAUCACAAGACAUCUACAGAAUGCUGAAGUUAUCAAAAACUCAGGAAAUGAAAACUGGUGGAAGCUUCACGAGUCCUGCAUGUUAGCUAUGGGAAGUGUGAUGAGUCUGGUGGUGGACAUGGUACAGUCUGGCAAGGUCCAGUUUGACAUCACUGGAUUCCUACAGUCCGUUGUGCUGACAGAUAUGAAUUACUCAGUUUCAUCGUUUUUGGUUGGGAGGUGUUUAUGGACAGCCAGUAGAUACACAGAGGUCAUGACUCCAGAUUUGCUACAAAGAUUCUUGCAGUCAACCAUCGGUGGCCUCCAUGCAACCCAGCCUGCCACCGUCCGGAUAUCUGCGAUCCGUGCUAUCUUCAGUUACUGCACUCACUUCAAAAACAAGAAUGAUACACAGCUGUUACUGCCAUUCCUUCCUAAUAUUGUUGAGGGUCUUAUAUCCAUAGCAACGCAAUAUUCCUCAGAUGUGCUCUCCUUGUGUUUAGAAACACUUUCAGUUGUAUUGUCGGUGGAUAAAGGAUUCACAGCAAGUGUUGAAAGCAAAGUGACACCUUUAACUAUAGCCGUUUUCCUUAAAUAUUCUGGUGAUCCUGUGGUUGUCAGCAUAGUACACGACAUUUUCAAAGUGCUGGCAGCCAAUGAGAACUGUAUAGGUCCUCUAGAGCAAAGACUACUUCCGACUCUUGUGAGCAUAUUACAGUCUCCUGACAAAGUCCCAGUUAGUUUACCAGUGGAAUCAUUGGAUGUGUUAGAGACAAUGUUGAGAAGCUGUCCUGGACCUCUUUCUGAAGCCAUGAUAAAAUCUGCAUUUCCAGCAGCAGUUCACUGUACCCUUCACUCUGAUGACAAUGCCACCAUGCAGAGUGGAGGUGAGUGUUUACGUGCAUUUGCAUCAGUUGCCAUGGACCAGGUAAUGGGUUGGCAUGACGAUCAAGGACACAAUGGCCUGUAUUAUAUCAUACAAGUGAUAUCUAAGCUGUUGGACCCAAAGACAUCAGAACAUACUGCAUCCUUCAUCGGCCGCCUGGUGUCCGUGGUACUGAUAGGGGUAGGAGCAAGCCUAGGAGAAAACCUUGACUUAAUGUUACGGGCAGUCCUCAGUAAAAUGCAACAGACAGAGACGCUGAGUGUCAUGAUGAGCCUGGUGAUGAUAUUUGCCCAGCUGAUGAAUACACAGAUGGAAGCUGUGUUAGAAUUUCUCACCAGUGUUCCAGGCCCAACAGGAAAACCUGCCCUGGAGUUUGUACUAGGAGAGUGGUGUUCUAGACAGCACCUGUUUUAUGGUUCUUAUGAAAGGAAAGUUUGUUCUGUAGCCCUGUGUAAACUGAUGCUGCAUGCUAUCCAGAACAACGACACUAGGCUACAGGAGAUCAUGGUUCAAGGUGACCAAAUAGACACAUCGGCCAAAGGGGUCCGCACUCGUUCUAAAACUGCCAACACACCAGUUCAGUGGACGACUAUCCCCGUGUUGGUGAAAAUUUACAAACUUCUUAUCAAUGAGCUCUCCAAUCAGAUAGAGGCCAGUUUAUCAAAUCAGGCAUCAGGAGGGGAUGAUCUAGAUGAUGAUGAUGAAGGUUGGGAUGAAGAAGAUGAUGAUGCUGAUGACGAUGAGUUGGUUGAUGAGUCAGCAUUGACUGGUCACACAUUAUCCAGUCUGAUAGACCAGUUCGCUGGAGACUUUGAAGGGUAUGGAGCCGACGAAGAAGAGGAGGAGGAUGACCCAGACCAAGUCAAAGAUCCAACUAAUCAAAUUGAUCUGCAGGCUUACCUGACGGAGUUCCUCCAGUCGCUGUCACAGCAGCCUUGCUAUAGCAUGUUUACAGCACAUCACUCCGAGUCUGAGAAACAGGUGCUCCGUACUAUCAGUGUAAACACGUGACAGGUGCUGGAUCUUUGCAGCAAUUUUAUCUGAAAGUCUUAACAGUUCAUUUUCUUGGAUUUUGGUGAUUGGUUUGGGACAGUGACAUUAUGGACAAACAUCUUGUCAGAACUACAGAAUCAAUAUCAUUAUUCAAGAUAUUUGACUGAAAUGAUAGUUAUGGACAUGUGCAAUGGAAUUCAAGGGAAGUUGUUUCCUUUUCUGUGAUUUUAGUGUGAAUUUUAAGGCUUAUCAACAGCAUUAUAACUUUACAAAAAAUAUUCUCUUACCAGAGAAUCGCUGUUUCCUCCGAUUCUACAUAUUUUAUGUAUUUCUGUAUGGUUGUGGGAACAUAAUAGCUCAAUCAUAUCUUCCUAUGUCAAUGUGUAGACUUCAAUCUUGAUCCAUGAACAAAACUCCUUGAGUGUGUGAUUUUAAGACAUUUUAUUUUGUGGUGAUUUUUGUGCUCGAGUUCAGCUUGCAAAAUACAGUAAUCUGCAGUAAAAUUAUGCAAUGCUUGAAUAUCCACUAUUACAAAGAAGGCAGUUUCACUUUAUCCUAUGUUGACAAUGUGUCUAAAUAUCAAAAGAUCUUAUCUGGAGCUUAAAAAAUACUGAAACGGUUUAAAAAUAAAUUUAUUAAAUCCUAAUAAAGAUUGCAUAAGAUUCGGAUUACUGUGCCAAAUUAUUGUGAUGUCAUAUCAAAUAUAUUGUCACCUUUAAUAUACACCAAUGGCUACUUGAUGCAGUGUGCAUAUCGUAGUGAAUUAUAGGAUAAUGGCAGUCUGAAGUGUGUCGACAGUAUUAAACUAUAUGAAGUAGCCUAUUGUGUUAAAAUGUCUGGUUUGGUUGAUAUAGGUAACAGGCUGAUGACUAGUCACCAGUCAACACUUAUGACAAUAAUUAGUGCAUCACUGGUGCUAUUUGGCUCAGUGAAUGAUCAUAAGGGAAUAUCUUAAUUAAAAAAGGAAUUGUGACAACAUUUUAACAUGAUUUUAAUUGAUGUAGGUGUCUUGUACACCGAUUAUUUACUGGAAAUGCUCGGGUUGUACUUUAAUUGUUCCAUGGCACUUUUUAUAUAAAGUGCUACAAGAUUCAUAAUAAAUGAUACCUUUUUAUGUUCAUUAUCCAUUUUAUUCAUGUUGAAUUAUAAUCAAUAGCAAAUAAACGUUAUAAAAUUUAAUAUAUAUUCAAAAAUUGAACUUUUAACUUCACACAAGUUUCCAUGGUCAUUGUUUUAAAAACACAUUUGGAAAUAUCCGUGUUCAGGGAUAUUUUCCGAGUUUAAACCCAUGUUUUCUUCCCACCUGUGUUUUUUGUCCCUUUACCUCAUCCAGAUGUAUGUACCUCGUUUUAUUAGGUCACUGCUGCUGUGUGUCAUGUCUUUGUAUCUGAUGUAUGUGUUCAGAGAUUUGAUUAUUUAUUAAAAACAUGCAUCACAAUC